UAGUGGACAAUUACUUGCUCGAUGAUAAUUGAAUUAGAUUAAGUGCUGACCAGUGCCUAAUACGCGUGGAUUUUCUAAUGUUUCAGGCAAAUCACUGUUAAACUGGCUUCGUAAUACGCAUUUAUUACUUGGCCGGAUUUCUUUAUUACGGUAGAUGCUACUGUAAGGACUUGGCACGAAACAGGACAACCCCAUCAUGCAGCAGCAGUCAGUAAUGGAAGAAGGAACGGCCUAUGAGCCACCUACCUACGAUGAGACAUUCCCAGUUCUUCCCGAGUCAGCCAGUUCAAGUUCUGGAAAAUUGAAUAUUUUCUCCAUAAAUAACAAUUUACAAGUUGGAUGUGUUACUAUCACACAGAUGUUUCGUGUUCCUGGGGAAGAACGCAAGUUUGAUCAUAGCGACAAGUUUGGCGAACGUGAAUCUAUACGUACGUGUAAAACAAUAAUGAAAGAGACAAAUACGAUCAUUGAAAUAGCAUCGUCGAAAGAUCAAUCUCUUACAUUCCUUAUAACUGGCAAACAAAACCAAGUUUUGGAAGCCAAGCGCCGAAUUUUAACAACAUUUCAGACUCAGGCGAGUAAACUAAUUAGCAUUCCUAAGGACCACCAUCGUUGGAUUCUUGGAAAGCAGGGACAGCGUCUUAAAGAUUUGGAAAAGACAACUGCUACAAAAAUAAAUGUUCCACCUGUGCAAGAUCAAUCAGAUACGAUAGUAAUCACAGGAACUAAAGAAGGAAUAGAGAAGGCUGAGCAUGAAAUUAGAGUAAUUUCAGACGAACAGUCGAGGAAGGCGUUUGAACGAGUAUCUGUGCCAAAAAUAUAUCAUCCCUUUAUUCAUGGUGCGCAUAACGAGAAUCUCAAUGCCAUGAUGGCAGAAACUGGAGCUCGAAUUAAUAUUCCUCCUGCAUCUGUACAAGAAGAUGAAAUAACCAUUGCUGGUGAAAAAGAAGGUGUGCUUGCAGCAAAGCAAAAGAUUGAAGCCAUCUAUAGAGAUAUGGAAAAAAGGUGUACUACGGUGUCUGUUGAAGUUCCGAAAUCGCAGCACAAAUAUGUUAUCGGUCCUCGUGGUAGUACAAUAGCAGAAAUAUUACAAGUAACGGGUGUAAGCGUGGAAAUGCCUGCGUCAGAUUCACCUACGGGAACUAUUACUCUUCGAGGACCUCAAGAAAAGCUUGGUCAAGCAUUGAAUAAAGUGUACGAGAAGGCAAACAGCGUUCGCACGGCUGUAGUAAAAGCGCCUGUUUGGAUCCAUAAAUACAUAAUAGGACGGAAGGGUGUCAAUAUUAAACGUAUUACACAAGAAAUGCCAAAAGUGAAUGUAGAGUUUACUGGAAAGGAAGAUAAAAUUAAAAUUGAAGGCCCACCUGAAGAAGUAGAGAAAGCACAAAAUGAACUCCAGUUAAUGGCUAGCGAUCUUAUUGCUAAACUCACUUUUACAGAAUUAAAUGUUGAUCCCAGAUUUUAUAAACAUAUUAUUGGAAAAAAUGGAUGUAAUGUGAACCGUGUGAAAGAAGGAACAGGUGUUGUUAUUAACAUUUCUGAGAACGAUGGCAGUAACAUCAUCCGUAUUGAAGGAAAUCUCGCUGGUGUAAUGAAAGCUCAAACGGAAUUGGUGGAAAUGGUGAAAAAAUUAGAGAAUGAAAAAGAGAAAGAUGUAAUAAUAGAUCAUCGUUAUUAUCCUAGUAUUAUCGGCAAUAAGGGAGAUAAUAUUAAAGAAAUCCGAGAUAAGUUUAAUCAAGUACAGAUUACUAUUCCUGGUCCAGGCGAAAAAGGAGAUAUAGUAAAAAUUAGAGGGCCUAAAGAAGAUGUAGAUAAGUGCCAUAAGUAUUUAAUGAAGUUGGUAAAAGAGCUAAAUGAAAAUAAUUAUGUACUAGAGGUUCCCAUUUUUAAACAGUUCCAUAAAUUUGUAAUUGGUAAAGGCGGAGUAAAUAUUCGUAAGAUCAGAGAGGAAACGCAAACAAAGAUAGAUUUGCCUGCUGAAGGCGAGAAAAGUGAUGUCAUAACUAUCACAGGGAAAAAAGAAAACGUAGAAAAAGCUAAAGAAAUGAUUCAAAAAAUACAAAAUGAACUGGCCAACAUUAUUACGGAUGAAAUAGUAAUUCCACCAAAGUUUUACAAUUCCCUUAUUGGUACUGGCGGGAAACUGAUUCAUUCUAUUAUGGAAGAUUGUGGUGGCGUUGCAAUUAAAUUUCCUACCGCGGAAAGUCGAAGUGAUAAGGUGACUAUUAGAGGGCCAAAAGAAGAUGUUGAAAAGGCAAAGCAGCAGUUGCUUGAACUCACAAAUGAAAAGCAAUUGUCCAGUUACUCGGCUGAAGUUCGUGCCAAAGUACAACAUCAUAAGUUUCUUAUUGGAAAAAAUGGUGCCAAUAUUAAGAAGAUAAGGGAGUCCACUGGAGCACGUAUCGUAUUUCCAACCGAAGAUGAUCAAGAUAAAGAAGUGAUUACUAUUAUGGGAAGAAAAGAGGCUGUUGAUAAAGCUAAGGCUGAAUUAGAAGCCACAAUCAAAGAAAUCGACAACAUCACCGAAGGUGAAAUCCGCAUAGAUCCAAAGCACCACAGACAUUUUGUAGCCCGCAGGGGUGGGGUAUUGCAUCGUAUAGCUGACGAGUGCGGGGGUGUGCAAAUUUCUUUCCCUAGAGCUGGCGUAGAUAGCGACCGCGUAACUUUGAAGGGAUCGCACGAAUGUAUAGAGGCAGCGAAACAACGAAUGCGAGAAAUCGUGCAAGAAUUGGAAUCGAUGGUAACCGAAGAAUGCAUAAUACCUCAAAAGCAUCAUCGUACAGUCAUGGGUGCGAAAGGACGUAAAGUGCAAAUGAUCACGUCCGAAUAUGACGUACAAAUUAAAUUUCCAGAUCGUGACACAUAUGAUGAACACCGAGCUACAGAAGAAAUGAAUGGUGAGAAUGGAGAAGUUGCGGAAGCUAUUCCUGCCUGUGAUAUUAUACGCAUUACUGGACAACCGGAAAACGUUGCAGCAGCUAAACAAGCGUUGCUUGAUCUUGUACCAAUUACAAUAGAGGUAGAGGUACCGUUCGAUCUUCAUCGUUCUAUAAUAGGACAAAAAGGUCGCGACGUGCGAGAAUUAAUGAGUACAUAUGAUGUGCAUAUCACCUUAUCUCCGGCGGAAGAGAAACUUGAUUACAUUAAAAUUUCUGGAACGACUUCAUGCGUCGAAAAUGCAAAACAAGCUAUUCUCGAUAAAUGUAAAUCGUUGGAAGCCGAACGGCAAGACAGAGCUCUGAAGUCAUUCGAAUUGAAGAUCGAAGUUGAACCAGAGUAUCAUCCAAAAAUAAUUGGACGGAAGGGAGCCGUGAUUAAUAAAAUACGUAGCGACCAUGAUGUUCAGAUUAACUUUCCACGUAAAGGUGAUCCCGAAGAACAUAUCAUUACAAUCACCGGCUAUGAAAAAAAUGCUUACAGCGCGCGAGAUGAUAUCAUGAAAAUUGUUAACGAAUUAAACGGUUUAACAAAAGACGAAGUGAAUAUAAAUGCUGCUGUACAUUCGCGUUUAAUUGGUUCAAAAGGUAGAAAUAUUCGUAAAAUAAUGGAUGAAUUUAAAGUCGACAUUAAAUUCCCGAGAAAAACUGAUCCCGACCCUAAUAUUGUGACGAUCGUGGGUACAGAGGAUAACGUAGCUGACGCAAAGGAUCGUUUAUUGAAUUUAGCUGAAGAAUAUAUUCAAGAUGUUUUGGAGAAUGAAUAUCGUGAAAGUUUACGUUCACCUCAACGUGAUGAAAGAAAUUCUGGAAAUUCUGGUUUCGUCGUGAAAGGGGGGCCUUGGGAACAGCAACAACAAAGCGCCCCGAACACAGCCAGUGUCGAAGAAUUUCCACAAUUCGCCGGGUACUCUCAUGUACCUGUGACCAAUCCAGAUGGUCCGUGGGGUGUCAAACGUUAAAAUUUUUAAUUCAGUAAAAUCGAUGAAACGUAUAAGUGCUAGGUGGUUCCCUGUUCCAUUACUGAUGUUGCUGCAUACGACCUGGCCACUCUAUUGGACUCUGAUACUGGUUUACUACAUAACGUUUGACGAUGGUGUUUAUAUUUACAGUUCAUAUACCAAUAUCCUAUGUAUCUGUAACAGUAACGCAUGAUAUUUUAAGUUUAUUGCCAUGUUAGGUACACACACACAUACGUACAUAGAUAAAUACAUACAGUCAGACACAAGACGAUGGACGAUUAUCAUUCGUAACGAAACAUCUAAUUUCAUGAGUUUUAUUUCUGCUGAUAUGCCUUUCAGGUACAGAUAUGUUGUACUUAAGACUGUGGCUUCGUAGGAACUAAUUUUUGUGUGUAUUAUAUAUUUCUCAGAUUGUCUCUAACCGUAUAGAUUGCGUGGCUAAACGUUCUAACCGUUUAACCGGGCAUAAUAUUUUGUUAAUUUAUUUAUAUUUUUUUGUACAUAAAUUGCAUUUUUUUGUUGUGUUGGACUUAAGUGGAAUCGAUUUCGAACCACAUCACGAUAUUAGAGUCUAUACAAAACUUUUGUGAAACGUGAAGCUUUAAGGUCUUUCUAAGGAAAACGUUCCUAGAUAUAAUUUCCUGCUUUUUUAAGUAGCUAGUAUAAUAAUAAGGUCGCUUUGUACUCCUGAAAUUGCCAGUGCUCUAUAAAGCGGACAAAUCUGCCAACAAACUAAGCGGUCAUGUAUAUUAUUGAAUACUGGAUUUAAGAAAAGCAGAAGCGUUUAGUAGCGACGAAUACACAUUGGGGGAACAUAAUCUUUAGAAGGCCUUGAUAUUUUUGUACUGCGUUUAUGCAGUUAUCAAUGACGAGACACAGGAUCAUUGGCGUCAUUAAUGGGAAAGAAUCAUGAAUAUUUGUAAUUUAAAAGCUAUGCGUAAUCUUCUUUGAACAGCCGAUUUUAUUUAUUCUUUCUAUUUUACUGUUUGCUCUAUGAUGUGCAAAUUUUUGCAUUCUACUAUUUAUGAGGCCAACUAGCUAAGAAAAAGAUAUUCGGUUCAAGUGCCUUGUCUAUUUUCUUCGAGACAGCUCAUUUCAAUUGUUGGAGGAAUGUGAAUAUUAGAUUAUAUAUAAAUAUAAUUAUAUAUAUAAAUAUAUGUAUGUAUACACGUAUAUAAAUAAUGAUAAUAAUUAUAUUACUAUAAAUAUAUAUAAUCGAUAUAUGAUAGACAUUGUACUACAGGUACAAUAAUAUUACUACUAUCACGAAAAUAAAAUAAUAGAUCAUGUAUACAGAAAUUCACUUAUAUUUUUUAGAUUUACAGUAAUUUUUAUAAAACUACUUGGUACGACGACCUACAUGUCAUCUCCAAUGCAUGAUUUAUACAAGAACGCCAGAAAUAGCGGUCGUAAUAUGCUUAGUUUUGGCUAAGAAUUUAAUAGAUGCUGUGCAUGAAUGUACCUUUUCUAAUGAAUUAUAAAUACGAAAUACUGUAAUUACAAAAUAAUAUUCUCUGUACACAUAAUGUCAUAAUACAUGAAUUCGAUUGUAACAAUAUAUACAUAAUUAAUCUAU